GAUAUGAUUAUGGAAUUGAAACUAUUACUAAUAAAAACCAGCUUGAAUGUGAAAUGACUGAAUUCAUUUUAGGAAUUCGACAAAUUAAUACCAACAAGAAAUAUGCACUAUUAUCAUUGAUUAAUUGCAUAAAGUUGCUUAGUAAGGUGCUUAAUGUGAAAAUAAAGAAGCUUAAAAAGGAUGGAAUUGUAUCACAUCAUCAUGAUCAUCUUACAGAAACAGAAUUGAGAACUAUAUUUCAGCAUAAUUUAGUUUCAAGUAAUACACCACAAGGCUUGCAAUACUGGAAUUCAUGGUAUCUUGAUGAAAGGCUAGAUGAUAAAACGUGUAGAUCAUUUAUAAAAACAAUAUGCAUCACAGUUGGAAUUAAUAUAGGUAAUUGUGAUAUUGUUAACCAUUCAGACCAGUCAACUCUUAUCACUUUUCUUUUUCAGAAGGAAGUUCCUAUAGAUACAUUAUCAUUACUAAUUGAUAGUGUUGAAACUUUACCUUCUAAUUCUCAAGAAGAAUCAAUUAAUAUGAAUGUUAGCUUUUCUCAAGAUAACAGUUUGCAAAGUGAAGUUGAAAUUGAAAUGGAUACUAUUUUUACUAAGAUACAUGCUUAA